AUGAAGAAUCGAGCACGAUUGGUGAAGGAGACGUCCCAAUUUCAGAGUAAGGCGAAAGAAAUGACACUGGACAUUGAGAGACUUAUAACCAAAUACAUCAAUACAAAAAGGCAGUCUCCUUUAUCACAAAAGUCGACCGCUGGUAAAGCACCGAGAGCUGUGGCUGCCAAAUCGACAUUGACUUCUAAGAGUAACUCAGCUCUUGCUACGACAACCUAUAACAUCCAAGAAGGCCCUAUUGACUUGGGACAAGUAGGAAUUGUUACCGGUUUGGGUGGUAGUGGUACGGGAGACCAUCCUGACGCCGCUACCGGAAGGCCAGUAGGCCCAACCUUUCGUCUUUUGCGGAUGGAUAUAGGUCAACUGGUGAAUGGCAACACGGCAGAAGCCCCGACAUCCGCCGCCAACAAGAGCUUCGUUGAGUCUUAUGCGGCUGCGGAAAAGUUACUAAGUGACCUUGUUGCUCAAAUUCCGCGUCAAGAGAUCGGGACUUCUGGAGAAAGCUCUAGCACAAGCACCUACAUAGGGCUGCCCCCGAGUACGAAGCAGGCUGCCACAGAAAGAGCCGAUGGUACACCGCCAGGACGCAACAAUACAAGUCCUGGAACGGGUUUUACCCACUCCUAUCACCCUAUGGCCUUUUCUCUGCGACUAGGGGAGCACGUAAACUACCCUACCCAGAUACGCUUGACGGCUUUGGACUUUUGGGGCCCCCAAGAGGGUGAAUGUGACGGUGCCGAGAGACCAAACACACAGGAUAAAUGA